UUUUACAACAGCUGCUCGGGUAUGUGUUGGUGGCAUGAAUGAAAAAUUCGGUGGUACCUCUUGGGGUUGAGGUAGGGGUUGCAUUUCAUUCAUGAAUUUCUCGUUUAGUUAACUGGUUUUAGGGGUUGAAAAUCGAAAUGUCAUCCGAUUGUCAGUUAGUUAGAAACCCUAUUUCGACGAAAACGGAUCUCAUUAAAGUGAAGUGAAAAACGGGAAUAGAAAAUUUAAUAAUAAUUGCAGAAAAUAAAAUAUUAAAAAAAAUCAUGAUAAAAAGUGGAUAAUAUUCAGUGCAAUUAAAAAAUAAUUAAAAAAAUAUAAUAUCAAUUGGAAGUGAGAAAUUGGCGAUUUUAAAUUAAUAAUCAAAUAUGGUUGGAUUACUUAAUCCCAUUAAGUAUGGGGAAAAUUUUUAUGAUUUAUAUACAUUGAAUACGAGAAGGAAGCUGCAAAAUGAUCGCAAACCCUUGGGCAAACGUAAAAAUAAGGAUAAGAAAUCUCCCAUGGCCAUAUUGGAGGUGAAUCCAGAUUUGCGAAUUUUAAAUCAGCUAGAUCAACCGCUGCUUAAGGAACAGUUGUUACUGUGCCCUGCAUUUCCGGUGGCCCAUAUCGAGCUACAACCAAAUGCCUCACAGUUUGCUGUAUUUUCGGCCAUACGUUCGACGGUCUUGGAAGCCGAAACCAGACGUCUGCUUUUUUAUGAGUUGAGCGGCAAUGCAAGACAUUUGCCAAAUUUAAAUUCCUCAUAUUGUUUAUUGUGCGGAUCUUGUCUACUGAGUAAUCAAUCGGCAGAGUGCUCUUGCCAGGCACUUCAAGCUGGUGGUGGGGCAAAUGGUGCCGUGGUGGCUCAGGUGGCUGUUGCAGGAGUAGCUGGCGCGGGUGGAAAACGUUCCCGUCAAGAUUCAGCCAAUAGUGAUGUUGAAUCCGAAUCAGAGGAAUGUUUGGACAAAGAACCCAAAAUUGUCACCGUACCCUUGAUUGUGGGUGCCGGUUUGAGAAGUCUAUUCGAAUUGAUAUCCGAAGCUCGACACAUACAGCCGACAUUUUGUUCCAAGGCCCUUAAGGCUCUACUGGAUGUUAUCCAAGGCCAACAACCGGAAUCAUUUAAACAUGAACCCGAAGAACUGAUAAAUCCUUUGUAUGAUCUCCUCUUGGAUUUGGCCACAAUGAGCACAACCGAGAAUGGUGGCAGUGAGGCUGAUUGGUCAGCUGUGGCCUGUUCGGCCCUGAUUGGUUUGUGUAUUGCUCGUGGCGAUACAGGGAAAAUGUUGAAAGCCAUUGCGGCCUUGAUAAUGUCGCCCAGGCAUUUAUCGUUGCAACGCAUACAAAUGCCAGCGGUGUUGGGUAUGCUACAGCGCACAGUGAUCAGUGCAGCUCUGGCCAAACCCACCUGUCCGGAUUUCUAUACGAAAGGUGUGCCGCUCAACUCAAUCAUCAAUGAGUUCACAAUCAAGGCGCCUUUUGGUGGUUUUACUGAACCUUCUUUGGCCUCGGAUGGAACCUAUUUGUAUUUGCUCUUAGGUGGAGCUCUUCUGAAAAUUGGCACCGGUUACAAUGGUUCCUACAAGGGCCAUAUUUACAUGCAAAAUGAUGAAUUCACCAAAGAGAAAACAGGAUGGCUGGGCUAUAGUAAUGGUCAAUUGUAUUAUCGCCGCAACUCCAAACGCAAUGCCGACCAUUUGCAUUUGGUUAACACUGAGCUAUUGACCAUAAAGAGCAUGAAUCCGGUUAAUAUGUUGCCAAUUAGAGAGGGCUUCAAUUACACUCUGUUUACGGAUGAAGAUUCCCUCAAUGCCAUAUGUACCAAUCGCGAUGAUUCUCUGGUGGUACGACGCCUUAAUAUUGGCCAUCAAAAUCGCACCGCCGAUCGUGACAAUAGCCUACCCGUGGAGCUGCCUUUACAAUUGUCACGCAAACGUUUUCGCACCCUGGGCUAUGCCACCUUCGAGGAGGAAGUCUUAAAUCAAAAUCAAAUCCUUAAAAUACAGGCAUCCUACAACAUUUUCGAACCGAAAAUACCAAACGAUGUGGAUUUACAGGAAAUCGUCUGCGGCAAGGAGUUUGGUUUGGUCUGUGCCAACAAUGGCAAAGUCUACUACUAUGGCAAAUCGAGUGCCUUAGGUUUGAAAUCCGUGGGUCGUACACCUAUUAUGAAACUCACCGAAUUGAUUAUAUCGAAAAUAUCACGUAUUAUUCAUAUUGCUGUGGGCCAUGAUGGUAUCCAUGCCCUGCUGGUGAAUGAUGAUGGUACAGUAUAUUUUGCUGGCACCGCUCGGCGCGGUGAAGAUGGCGAUAUCUCGAAAAAUAGACGUCAACCCAAGGCAGUCAAACCAAAGAAGAUGACAAAAAUUGAGGGUCAUGUCAUUGUCCAGGCAGCCUGCAACAAUGGCACCUCGGCCUUUGUAACAAAGACUGGAAAGCUGAUUAUGUUCGGCAAGGAUACUGUACAUUGUGAUGCACAAGGUUUUGUAACAGACUUUGCCGAUCAGCAUAUACAAAAGGUGGCACUGGGCAAAGCCCAUUGUGUGGCCCUAAAUGCCAAGGGUCAGGUGUUUACGUUUGGCCUGAAUAAUAAGGGCCAGUGUGGUCAUGUUUAUAAUAAAUCAAAGGAGAGUAGUACAACUGGCAGUGGUGGUAGCACUGUUGAUGGAUCUGGUGGAGUUUCAUUGGCAUCUGGAGCAGCAAAAUCACAAAAUAUGAAAAAAUUGAAAUUUGAUUUUUCGAAUUUAUGUGAUUAUGAUGAUCACACUGUUGUCCAGGGCCAGUGUCGUGUAUGUGUGGUGUGUAAGGAGUGCACCGGGUUUUCCAUUUCGUGUGUAUCCUCCUUAAAUAUUCCCCUGGAGGAAAGAGUGGGCGGAGCGACCUGUGCAUGUGGUCAUGGUGAUGCUGGCUGUUCCAAAUGUGGUCUCUGUGCUUCCUGUAUUGCCGUACAGGAAUCUGAAAGUGUUUCAGAUACCAAGGAUACAAGUAAGCAAUUAAAUCGUCAACGUUCCAAGAGCCUGAUAAUGCGUCGCAAGGAUAAGAAGUCAAUGGAUGACACCAGCAGUCACACUGAAGAAAAUCCACCACGUGUUGCUCCCCUGGCACCACAACUUUUGCAAAUGCCCUCAACAUCUCCGGUGGUACAGGUGUCGUGUGGCCUACAUCAUACUGUUGUCCUUACGCUCUCUGGUGAGGUGUAUGCCUUUGGCAGCAAUCAAUUUGGUCAAUUGGGUACUGGUGAUAUGCAGCCUGCAACCGGACCUGUUCGAAUCAAUGUACCCGGAAAUGUUUGCCAAGUUGCAGCUGGCAGCAAUCACACUGUACUUCUGACCUACAAAGGACUGGUAUAUACUUUUGGUAAUUUCCAAAAAGGGCAAUUGGGAAGAUUGCCGCACGAUUUUCAACAAAAGGCUGGCGCUUCAAGGGACAGUGAUAAAUCGAAUAUCGGCCAAAAUUAUAGGGAAUCUUUUGUGAAUCAAGAUUCAUUGCCGGAAAAGCCGACGGUGGCCCAGAUGAUAUCGCAAAGGCAGAAGAUUCUGUGGCAUUGUACACCAGGAGUUGUGUUUGGCAUUGGGCCCAGCUUUGGCAAGAAGGCCACAUGGAUUGGAGCCAGUGGAGAUCAAACCUUUAUUAAAUUGGACGAAUCUUUAAUUACAACACAAAUGUUGCCAAAAAUGAAUGUGGCAGCCAAUAAGAAAACAAUUUUGAUGAUACCAACCAUACCCCUGACCUUUAGUGCCAUAUCGAUAAAUCGUCGCGAUGGCAACUGCACAGCCCAUUACCAUAACCAAGUGGAUUUUGCAAAAAUGGAACAUUCAAAUAAACCCAAAUUAGUGCCGGAGGUUAAUCAAAAUGUCGAUCAAAAUACCAUGGUACCAUUGGGUCCAACAUCAUCGUCGGGAAAUCCCAUCAAUGAACAAAUGUCGCGCAGCAUGCAUGAGGCAAGGAAUCAAAUGUUUGAUCUGCAAGACAACAAUCAUGUCCACAAUGCGUCGGGAAGUCAGCGUAAGGAACGUAAUAGAGAAUAUGCCAAGGGUUGUCUUAAGAGUCCAUCAUCGCCCAAAGCAGCUUCAUCAUCGGCUGCCACAAUUAAUGACAAAUCAUAUUCGAAAUUGGCCUUUGCAAUGGACCCCAUGUAUGACAUAUUGUGGGUGUACGAUUGCAAUCAAAAGAAGGUAUUGAGUUAUAAUGUCCUCGCCAGUGAGAUACAACAAACGGGAAUGAACUCUUCUAACUACAGAGCAUUGCUGACACCAGAACUAUCGAUGCCGAAUAAAUUUGACUCGAAAAUAUCUCGUUUGCAUGCCUCACUUAAUCUAUUGGCAUGCUUGGAUGUGCUGACCUCGGCCCAGGAUGUUAUACCUGCUUGUUUUGAGGACAUAUCUCCCAAGGAGGAUAAUCAGAGUAAAGAACUAAAGGAUAACCAAUAUCAAGUCUGUAAUCGUUUCGACAAUUUUGGUGGUGGCUGGGGAUAUUCUGGCCACAGUGUGGAAGCAAUACGUUUUUCGGCGGACACAGAUGUGAUGAUAUAUGGCUUUGGCAUGUUUGGUGGUCGAGGUGAAUAUUCAUGCAAGCUAAAACUCUAUGACAUGGGUUGCGAUGGUGGGGGCUAUGAAAAGGAAGGCACACUUAUUAGCGAAACUAAAGAAAUUCCCUUUGAAUGUCCUGCCCGCAGCAAAUACCACAUACUGCUACCCAAACCAGUUAGCAUAACUGCGGGGCGUUGGUAUCUGGUAUGGGCCCGCAUUGCCGGCCCAUCAUCUGACUGUGGUUCAUGUGGCCAGGCAACUGUGACAACAGAAGAUCAGGUGGUCUUCACCUUUAAAUCAUCCAAGAAGGCCAAUAACGGCACCGAUGUUAACUCUGGCCAAAUACCAGCUAUUCUAUAUCGUCUAAUAACCCAAGAAUCUAAACAACCACCGGCUCCAGUGGAUAUAGAUCCCGUUAAGAGGGUUACCAAAGAAUUUGCCAAUAGUGUAACCAAGGAGUGUUUUGAAAGUUUGGUAUUAAUGUUGAAUUGGUCAUGGGAAGCAUUCAAGGGUUAUCUGAGGGAACAGCGUGACAUGUCACAUCAGUUGCAGGUCAAACAAUCGCUGGAAUAUUUAAUACAUGUCAAUAAGUCGUGUUUGCGUUUGCUAAGGAAAUACACCAAUGAGAUAUAUCCCCAAUAUGGUACAUCCGAUGAAAUUGCUGAAUAUAUUUCAACUGCAUCCGGUCACAAGUCGUUGAACAAUCGUUCGGACAAGGAGGUGACAAAGUUUACCAAACCCUCAUCGACUUUAUUAACCAAAUAUUUCAAUGAUAAUGGCAGUGGAAGUGGAGGUGUUGGUGGUGGUGGUAAUCAAUCUCCAAUGAAAAAAUCGAAUAUGGAAAAUCUACAAUUGGCUGAAUGCAUUGGCAAUGUCCGGGCCAUGCUAAUUGGAAUAUUUUGCGAUGAUAUCUUCCAAGAUAUUAGCAGUGAUGAGGCCCUAUCCAUGGCCCUGGAAAUUUUGGAUGAGUGCCAUAUAAGUUUUGUGGCCUGUUUUGGGGUUUUCUAUCCCACCUCAACUUUGAAAUGGAAUUGUUUGUGUGAUUUGCUGUCGGAAAUGGAUAAACAAGGUACAUUGCAUUCCCGACUCUUGAGUGCCAUUCUGGCCGGCCUAUGCUCGCCCACGGUUAAGCUGCGUUCAACAUUUGCCCUGUUAAAUCAUGGCAAUGAACGUCAUUCGAUUGUAAGUCCAAGUGAUAAUUCUGGCCUACCAAUGCUCUCGUCAACGGACUCCCAUCAAUAUCCCAUACUGGUUGAGCAAAUGAUUUAUCGUACACAGCAGGAGAAAUGUGACUUCCUCAGCAAUUCAUGGACCUUUAAGGAUGUGCUAAUGCGUUUGCUGGAUAUUAUAGCCAAUCCCAUAAGGGAUCGUUUGGAAAAUAUCUACAAUAGGGGUGUCCAUUAUACAUAUUCCAGUAGCAGUUAUUGCAGCAAGGAUUUCAACCAGGGACUCAUUGAUAACUGUUGUCAUUUGUUGGCACGUGUUCUGGCGGAAAUUGUUUACCAAACAGCUAUUGGGGAUUACGACAAAAUGUUUGUGCCACCCAGGACGUUGCAUUCCUCUGGCUCUCGAUUUGCCCGUUGCGAUCAAAGUCGUACCUGGAAUACGGGAAGCUUUGGCCCUGAUGCUAUUGCCUUUUCUGUGGAUCGUAGUGGCAUUGCAAUAGCUGGCUGUAUGGUUUACACUGGGUCCGGUAGUUAUGAGUAUCAAUUGGAGCUGCUGUGUGAUACAUCAGGUGAUGUUGGACAACAACAGCCGUUGCAACAGCAACAACAUAAAUGGGAAACUUUGGAAUCGGUGUCGGGCACCUAUGAUCAGAGUGUGGUACAAAAUGAUAUGGCUGAGGUGAAAUUUGAAAGAUCGGUUUUGAUAAAGGAAAAUACCCGCUAUGCCUUGAGAUUUUGUUCCCAGGGCCAUCGCACUUGCUCCGGUGACGGUGGCUUGCCAUCGGUGCGUGGCCCCUGUGGCACCACAUUCCAGUUUUAUGCCUGUGACUUGAGUUUCAAUGGCACCAAUGCCCAUCGGGGUCAAAUACCCUGUAUUCUUUAUUACAGUACACCCAUUAAGUCGGAAUCAAAUGGUUGCAGUGGUGGCGCUUUUGGUUCCGGUGGAACUGGUGGUUCAGGCUCCAAUGAUGUUUCCUUAUCCAAUGAGACCACAAUGCGUGAUACUGCCCUACAAAUUGCCUCAGAUAUUACCAAGAAAUGUACAGAACUUUUGGUUCUAGCUCGAAAUACCCUGGCUGCAUCACUUUCGCCCUCGGACAAUUCCUCAAAUCAUUCACAGACCAUAGAUUCUGAACAUAAUAUAACACCAAUUGAAGAACAUAUGGAUAUAAAUUGGGCCAAUAACUCCAGGACCUCACAUUUGCCCGCUGAAGCAGGGGGUUUAUCGGCAGCUCGAGAUUUAUCCAAAAGAUUGGAAUCAUUUUCGAAGGGUAUCAUUGAGACAUUGAAGUUUGAAAAACGUUCCACCAAUCCAUUCGAAAUGGAAAUAGAAAUUGGAGCCACAGAAAUCCAUCCCAAGGAUUUGAUGAUUGAGGAAACUGCAGCCAUACAUGAUUUGAAUUUCCGCAAUGGUCAAAUUACCAAAUUCAAUGGCAAUGAAAGGGUGGGUGCCGAGGCGGUGGAAAAUUUAAUGGGAGUCUCGGGACAAUUCAAUCCCGUGGCAAUGGCUCGCGCCGAUUCGGAGGAGACACCAGGUCACAUGGCAGCCUCGAAUAUUUUGGAUGUUUUCAAUUUGGGCUCUUCCAACUUAUUCCACACCUUACUACCAUUGGUGUAUGCCCACAUUGCCAAUUUGGCUUGUAAUGAUGCCAAGAGUUCCGUACAAAUUUUGGGCUUGAUCAAGGAAAUAUUGCCCCACAUUGCAGCCCUAAAUCAAUUGAGUUCUAGCAGCAAGGAAACGACAGGCAUACAACCUAACCACUCCAGCCUGCCUCGUUUGCGUCCAUCUUUUGAAUUAUUCCACAAAAAAUUCGACACGGGCAAUGAGGCUUGCAGCAAUGCUUUGGUAACAGCCUCCACAUCCAAUCAAGCCAACCAUGAUAAUAGUCCCACAAAUGAUACACCCACUACCAGCAAUCACUAUUGUGUGGUUGAAAGUGAACAUCCCUAUAGAAGUGCUUCCAUCAAUUGCUAUCGGGUUGAAUUUCCACCCUGUGUCCAAUGGCUGACCAUUGAAUUUGAUCCUCAGUGUGGCACGGCACAAAUGGAAGAUUAUCUCUUGGUAUCGGUGCCCAUGAGACCAUUGGUGUUGGCCGAUAUGUGCCAUGCCAGCGAGGAUUAUUAUGACAUAUUGGAUAAUAACAUCAAAUCGAAUCGUUCGGGAAAUAAUGGGGGCCAUUGUAAGAAUGCAACCCUAUUGACAUCUUGUUAUAAGACACCCCUGCAAAAAGCUGAGUCGGUAGAGAUGAAAAAUGAAUCCGAUUGGUUUGUGGUAAAAAAGUUUAACAGCUCUUCUAAUUGGCUACAAAAUGUCAUGAUUCUACCGGGCAAUUGUGUUGAGUUUUCCUUGGAAACCUCAUCUUUAUAUGUUCAAGAUCCCCGGGUAAAUCGUUAUGGUUUUAAAUGUUUGGUCGUGGGUUAUGACAAUCCAGUGUUGUUAAGUAACAACAGCUCCUGCUUGGUGCGCAUUGAACAAGAACUAUCCUAUUUGGGUGGCAUGUGCAGCGGCAAUUUAAUGAAAAAGAACUUAAGUUUGCCAGAUGACAAAGAUGUUGAGGAUUUAUCAACAAUAAGUGAAACAAUUAGCACACAUUUUGCUUUGCUCUCAAAAGGCCUGGCCUUGGCAGAGCCUGACUUAACCAUACAUCAAGCUCUGGAAUCGUAUUUACCAAUUGGUUCUCAAUCGAAUGAGCGGCAAUUCUUGAAAGAUUUCAUUAGUGGAGCUCCUGGAUCGUCUGGAGCACGCCUGGCAGCAUGGUUGCAACCAGAACCGCGUCUGGACCCCAACAAAUGCGAGUUGAAUACAAUCACUGAACCGUUGCGUUAUGGUUGGCCCACACCAAUUACGGUAACCAUAAGGGAUCAAUAUGGGGAUGCUAUUGUGGUACCAGAAUUAAAGGUGGAAAUCAAGGCAAUACCCACUGGCUCUAUGGGAAAUGGCAAUGUGAAGUUGCGACGUGCUUCCCAGUCGGAUACAUAUUUCGGUGGUGUCGCUCCGCCGCCACGUCAGAAUUACGAACCCACCAUAAAGGAGAAAAUGUGCUUCAAGGCCAUUACCUUUAUGAAGCCAUACAACAAUUAUUCCUUUGAGGAGUUACGCUACAAUAGUCCCAUACAGACCAGAGUUACGGAGACCCUCUUUGCCCAAGAUAUGGAGGAUGGAACCUUCAGUGUCCACUGGACCCCGAAUGCUGUGGGAAGCUAUUGUCUAACCGUGAAUAUCGAUGGAAUUUUGUUGGAGGAAGUAUAUCGCGUCGAAGUCAAGGAGGGCAGUGUACCACCACCGGCCCACAAGCGUGUCAUGAAGAAUCAUCACACUCCAAAUAAGUUGAGGAAGUUCUAUACGGAAAAUACAGCUGGUUUGAGGAUACGCUCCCAUCCCACGCUGCAAUCGGAACAGGUGGGAGUGAUCAAACUGAAUGGCGUAAUCUCGUUUAUUGAUGAAAUCGAAAAUGAUGAUGGUGUGUGGUUACGGCUCUCCACGGAAUCCAUAAGGCAACACUGUGCCAUGGGUUGGUAUCCCACGGAGGCUUGGUGUUUGCAGUAUAAUCAACAUUUGGGUAAAACAUUACUGCAUCCCGUGGUGGAGAAUGCCACCUCAACAACAAGGGAGAGUAACACCAAUGACAUGAGUAUGGAGAGCCAGCCCAUGUCCCCAUUGCCGGCGGUGCCAGAUGUAGCCCGGAAUAGGCAACGUGACAUUUUGGAUAAUUUGGAACCGGUAAAUGCUACCUUGGAGUCGCCUUCGCCCAAUUCAAAGUCGGCGGAGGCAAAGAAGGUAUUUGAUUUUGCAACAAAUACUCCCAAAGCUGUGGAGUUUCCCCAUGUGUCCACCAAUCCCUUUAUUUGUGCCGAUACAGAAUCCAAGAAUUCGGCAAAUGAUCAGCAUCAGUUUGUCGGUGUGGUGGGUGAUGGGGAAAAAGAUGAUCCCUUUGCUGCUGGCAAUUCGGGCGCCACCAAUCCUAUUGGUUCAGCCAUUGCCGGGGUGGUUGGUGGAGGAGCCAUAAAACUGCAGGCCUUGCAGAAAUGGUUCAAGGGCGACAAUGAACCCAAUUCGGGUAGGGAUUACUCCUUUAAGCCCUCCGAUGUGGGAGAAAUAGCUUCGGUGUCGGUGAGGGAAUUGGUGCGGGUAAUGGGUGGUCAAGACAGUCGCAGCAAUGGAAAUGGCUCACAACGCUCCUGCAGCCCCAUUAAGCAGGCCACCGAGGAGGGAGGACGCUUGGCGGAGAAUAUGGAUAAUACCCUGGCCCAGGAUACUUCCAACAUGGAUGUGGGCAAUUUUGAUGUGGCUAAUAUGCGCAAGACCCAUUUUACCCCCAGCCAAACGGCGGCCUUGCUCAGCACCCCCAAACAUUCGCCACGGCGCGUUGGAGGUUCAAGGAAAUCGGCCACGUCUUUGGGAGCCUCAAGUUUGGCCAGUGAGACCGGAGGUUUGAAGGAAUCGGACAUCUCCAAUUUGGAAGAUGAAAUGAGUCUAAUGCAAAUUACCACCUCCUCGACCAGCAGUGGUGGCACGGUGGUGGUCCAGGAUCAAAUUGUUUUCGGAGAUGCCCGCAGUGCCCAACAGUCCACGGCAAGUACUGAGAACUCCAGUCCUCCAAUAUGGCCAGAAAGUGCCACACAAAAUGCUUUUUUCAAAUCCAUGCCCCAGGCAGCAGCCAAGAAAACCACCAUGGGUCCCAUAAAGAGGGCCAUGCCACCCUCAUUUGCGGAGAGUAUUCGAGCGGUGUUUGCAGCCUUCCUGUGGCAUGAGGGAAUUGUCCAUGACGCCAUGGCCUGUGCUAGUUUUUUGAAAUUCCAUCCAAAUUUACCCAAGGAGGGUACCACAGUGGUUACCCGGCGUGAUCAUGGCGAGGGAAGACAACAUUUGUCGAAGGAGCAAAAGGCCCAGCAAAGGCACUCCGUGGAGGUGGCCAAUGCCGGCAACUAUUUAAACAUACGACCCUCAACUUUGGAGACGCUCACCAAGACGGGGAAUUUCUCCGUCAAUAAUCGGAAAUAUCGCAAGGGAUUGUCGAAUGACUCCGGUGAAGCUGGCGAUGUGGGAGAGAAACAAAAACUACACUCUCUGCCCGAAGUGGUGACGGUGCUGCCACCAGCCUUGCGCAGCUUGGUCUACCUUUGGGAACACAUCUGCUCAAAUUGUGUGCACAUUGUCCAGUCGAAUUCCUUGAGUCAGGAGAAGUUUUCCAAUCGCGAGGGUAAUGGCGAGUCAAAGGAGAAACAAACUCCCAAGGACAAGGAGAGAGAGAAAAAGUCCAAGAAGAAAAAGGAUGAUGGUUCGUGGUGUGAGAUAUGUCAGGUAUUCCUACCCAUACCGGUCACCUAUCACAUGCGUAUCGUGCAUCCGGGUUGUGGAAAAUCGGCCAAGGGUAAGGGCUACAAUAGUGUGGGUAUUUUCUGUGAAGGCUGGGCUGGCAAUUGUGGCGAGGGAGGCAAAGGGGCGUCCAGCUGGUUCCUGAUGUGUGAUGCCUGCCGUGACAAGUAUAUUUCAACCAACAAGAACACCAACAACUUGAACAACACCAAUGCUGGAGGUCAGUGCAGCGAACUGAAUCUCUUUGGCAUUAAGACCACAACACUCAUUGCCAACUCGGAUAUAUACAACACAAUGCGGGAGAAUGCAACAUUUUUGUUGGAACUCUCAUCGAACAUUACGAACUUGCCAACGGAUUCGAGCAACGCUGCGACAAGUGGUUUGGGCAUUAGCAAGAGAUCACCCCAACAAAUGCCCGUGGUGGUGGAGCAUCAACAUUUCAACAUUAGCGAAAUGAAUAAACCCAGCACCAGUCGGGGAGAUGCGGCCCAGCAGCAGCGUCACAGUCGUGUGGGCCUGAGGAUUACCAAUAAAUUUGGAGGAAAUGUGUUGCUCCGCAAGAGUUUUACAGGAGGCUCCUGCUCUCCAGAGCAUCCCUGGUUGGCCCCAGAAACAUUUGCCUGUUUGGAAACUUUUGGUUCGGCAAAUAAGGAUGACUUGCCUUAUGAAAUAUUUGGCAUGGGACCAAAUGAUGGUGGUGGAUUCGAUAGGCCCCUCUCGGAGAUUUCCUAUGAAUCGGAUUUGCCAAAUUUCGAUCAACCAAAUCCCCCGAGUUGUAUGACUUCGAGCACGGGAACCCUAUCGAAAUUUCAUCGCAGCUAUUCCAUGGGCCAGGGAUGGGGUGCAGUGCAACAGCAGAGCGGUGGUGGUGGUGGCAAUGUUCGCGAGGAGCCCUACUAUCCGAAGGUGGUGUUUCGUAAACGUAAUUCCACCAUCGAUUCCGAUGGUUCUCUAUUGAUUUGCUAUCCAUCGGAGAAUUUGAGGCGUUUGGUGCCCGAUCAUGUGCUGACCGCCACCUCAGUGGUACUAAAAACCUCCUCUAAUCUCCCCGAGGCUGGGGGAGGAGAUCCACUGGCAAAUGAUUCGUCUAAGGAUUGUAAAUUUGAUUUUGAAAUUAGUAAACAACAAAAUCAAAGAAACAACUGCGACAAUGAAUCGAUGAAUCAGGUCAAUGCCCUGCUGCAGAGGCCAGCCAUGGCAUUUAUGACCCAGAAACAUGAUCUCAAGAAGUUACGGAGUGCCAUGAAAAGAAGUCUGCGCAUUGCCACCUGUCGUAAUUACUCACUGCAGGCAUUGAAUUGGCUAUUGCGUUCUGUAACACAAAGUGUGUGCUUGCAUGAUCUAAUGUGGUGGUUUGUGUCCUCGCUGAGUAUCACGGGGUCCGCCAGCUCUGAUCCCAUGGAUGGCAAAUUUGAUGAGUUAGAACCGGCAUUGGAACAUCCCGUGUCCUAUACCCAAAUAAGUGGCCGUUUGUCACACAUGAUUACCGAAAGUCUGCACACCUUCUUGCAAUCGGUGGCCGAUUUGACGCUCCACCUCCCACUAGGGUCGCCUCUGCAACGCAUUGCCAUACAAUGUUUUGGCAUACGUUUCCGUCAAACGGAUCAUCAAUUCUUGCAUAGCUCCCAUGUUUUUGGUAACAUCUCGAAAAUCCUCUCGAAAUCGGAUGAACAAAAUGAAUCGCCGGGUGUGUUUGGCAUGUCGGAGGAUGCGGAGAGCAAGGAGCUGCUGGGAAAGGACAUCUAUUCAAUACCCGAUGCAGGAGGGAAGAUUAUUUAUUACAGUGACUUAAACGGCCAUUUCGAUAUCACCGUCUCCUCACGCCAAGCCAUGGCGGAGUCUUUGACUGACAACUCCACGGAGACCUUUUGGGAGAGCGAUGAAGAGGAUCGCAACAAGAGUAAAAUUGUUGAAAUAUCCAUGAACAAGUUGACCUAUUGUUGUAAAAUGUUGCUCAUCCACAUCGACAAUAGUCGUGACAUCCAAAAUAAGGUAUCUUCGGUGGCCUUCUAUGGGGGCCAGUCCUUGGGCGAUACAAGUCUCAUUAAGAACGUGGAAGUUGAUGCCAAGGCCUGCACCUGGAUAUCGACAAAAAUCAACGAUGAUAAUUUUACUCACUUCCGUUUGGAGUUCACUGGACCGGAAAAUACUCUUCGAGUGCGGCAAAUAAAAAUUUUAGGUUUACCCGCUGCGAUGUGUGGUUCGGCGGAUCAGUUGACGAAUCCCUAUGAUUUGGCGGUGAAUAAUACGUCACAGGGUCAGGCAUUUAAAUACAACAUGAAAUUGACAAAUGCCGUGAGGAUACAGCAGCAAAUAUGCGAGGCGGAAACGUUGAGGGUGUUCCGUUUGAUAACGGGUCAAGUCUUUGGCAAGCUGAUCAGCCUUGAGCCGACCAGUGAUGAAAAUGGUGGGGUGCUGGGUAAAAGUCAUUCUCAAAAUGCCCUGGGCAUGGAUACCAGUGCCAAUUCCAUACUGGCAGAUUCGUUGGACUUGCGUGAACAUAUGGUCGGAAUAUUGUUCUCACGCAGCAAGCUAUCGCAUUUGCAAAAACAGGUGAUAGUACACAUAGUACAUGCUAUCAAGAAGGAGGCGCGAAGGGCUCGUGAAGAUUGGGAUGCGGUGAAUUUGGCAAAUUCUCUUCGUGAUCCCAAUGGCACAGGGUCAAAUGGCCAGGAGUCGAAAGGCGAUAGCAAUUCAGAACGUGGUGGACGUACCGCCGACACCUAUUGCUUUGAAAUGCUUAGCAUGGUAUUGGCUCUAUCUGGCAGCGUUGUGGGAAGGUCCUAUCUCUCACAUCAACAUGGUUUGAUAAAGGAUUUGUUGAGUCUGCUACAUACCGGAAGUGAUAGGGUACAGAGGCAAGUGACGGCAUUGUUAAGACGCAUCCUGCCGGAGAUAUCACCAGCCACAUUUGCUGAUAUUUUGGGAGUACAGCGAUUGCCACCAUCCGAUUACAAUAUUGCCCAUCAAAUUGCCAUUGAUUUUGAUAUGGAUAGCUUGGGUCUGUUGGAUAUAUUCCUGGCAGUUAUUGCCAAGUCUCUGCAGUUACAGGUUAAGGUGAAGAGUGCAGGAGGUAAAUCUAAUAUGGAGAAGACACCAGCAUUUGUACGUCUCUACAAUUCAUUGGAUUUGUCGGUGCAUCUUUUGAAGCCGGUGAAAAUGCAUAUGAGUGCGGAAAACAUCAAUGUCGAGGUGGAAGAUACCUUCUCUCGUCCGGAAUACAGUUUUGAAUAUGAACGGUCCAUGGAAAUGAAGGGGGUAAGGGGCCAUAACCGGGAGCUAAAAAGAGAAGCUCCCAAGAAUCUAAAUCAGCGAUGGUUCUUGAAUGGUGUCAUACCCACCAAACAGGCGGAAAGUAUUAUUGCCCUGAUAAGGGAUCUGGCAACGGGUAAAUUGGGUGAGAAAUGGUCCCAAAUGACCAAGGCCGCCAUUGCUGAGGCUGUUUUGAAUUUAACCCGCUUGGAUGAGAUCUUCCGUAGCCCUGAGAAUUGCGUGAAAACAGCCACCUUGUGGUUGGCCUUGGCCAGUUUAUGUGUUCUCGAUAACGAUCAUGUGGAAAAGUUAUCCUCUGGCCAAUGGACCAUAUCCGAUACCCGUCCCAUGUGUAGCAAUCAUGAUGAUGGUGAAACAUCCGCCAUUAUACAAUGUGAGAAUUGUGGUUCUCUGUGUGGAGACUGUGAUCGAUUUUUGCAUUUGAAUCGCAAGACAAGGACCCAUAAGAGGACGGUUUGCAAGGAAGAGGAGGAAGCCAUACGAGUGGAAUUACACGAAUCCUGUGGUCGCACCAAACUCUUUUGGCUUCUGGCCUUGGCCGAUUCAAAAACCCUCAAAGCCAUGGUGGAAUUCCGUGAUGGCAGCCAUACAAUUAUUUCGGGUGCCCAAGAUUCUGUGGGUCGUUGCCGUUUCUGUGGCAUAACUGGAAAUUCUGGUCUCUUGGAAAUUGGUAAUGUCUGUGCCGAUGCCCAGUGCCAGGAAUAUGCCUCCAAUUCAUGCAUGAAAACCAAACCCUGUGGUCAUGUCUGUGGCGGUGUGGUCAAUGAAAAGAAAUGUUUGCCAUGUCUGCAACAUGUCUGUCAUGCGCGGGAGAAUAACAUGGCAGAUGGUUUGAAUGAACCCAAGCUAACACAGGAUGCCGAUGAUAUGUGCAUGAUUUGUUUUGUCGAGGCGUUGGCUUGUGCUCCAUCUAUACAGCUUGAAUGUGGCCAUGUUUUCCAUUAUCACUGCUGCAAGGCUGUGUUGGAGAAACGUUGGAGUGGUCCACGUAUUACUUUCGGCUUUUCGCUGUGUCCUAUUUGUAAGGCUGAUAUUAAACACCCCAUGUUGGCGGAAAUAUUGGAACCCAUUAAUGCCCUUAAACAGGAUGUGAAACGCAAAGCCCAAAUGCGCAUCAAAUAUGAGGGCAUUGUUAAGGACACCGAAAAUCGUGACCUAACAAAUCUGGCCAUGGAACGGUAUGCCUACUAUGUCUGUUUUAAAUGUCAAAAGGCCUACUAUGGCGGCGAGGCCCGCUGUGAUGUGGAAAUUGGUGAGAAAUUCAAUCCUGAAGAAUUGGUAUGUGGCGGUUGCUCCGAUGUGGCACGAGCUCAAAUGUGUCCCAAACAUGGCACCGAUUUCCUGGAAUACAAAUGUCGUUAUUGCUGUUCGGUGGCGGUGUUCUUUUGUUUUGGAACCACACAUUUCUGUGAUACUUGCCAUGAUGAUUUCCAGAGACUUACAAAUAUUCCGAAAAAUAAGUUACCACAAUGCCCGGCCGGUCCCAAGGCCAAGCAGCUAAUGGGUGAAGAAUGUCCCCUGCAUGUUAUACAUCCACCCACCGGGGAGGAGUUUGCCUUAGGGUGUGGUGUUUGUCGUAAUGCCCAGACAUUUUAGCAUCACAUUGAUCAGCUAAUAGAUGAACGAGGGGAAAACAAUGGAGGCAAUCCCGUCAUGCCAGCUGGAGGUGGUGGUGAUGUCGGGGUGGGAAAUGAAGAGUUUAUCGAAGUGCAAUUGGAAGAAUUGGAUAAUCGUCAUUGUCUCCAGCUAGAAGAGGAGGCCAGUGAUGAUGACGACUAUGACUAGUCAUGAUUUACAUUUAAGACGAUAAAAUACAUAAUAAAUUAAAAAAAAAAUAAAUAUGUACUCAUAUAUAUUUACAUGAUACUCACUUAUAUGCAAUAUUAAUUGUAAUCCAUGAUAUAGACACACCAACACACACACACACUCCUUUAUAUAAUACGCACUGCAAUCACAGUGCAUACAAACAUAUUUCUCAAAGAGUAUGUUUUGUUUUAUAUUUAUUAUACAUAUAUAUUUUAAAUGCAGCAUUUUAUUCGAAAAUUAAAAUACAAUAUAUUCAAGCGGAAAAUAAAUCGAUUAUAAGAAUUUGAUGAUCAUUGAUCAAGAAAGAAA